AUGAAUGGAACUAUAGUGAGACUGUCGGGUGAAGAAUUGGAAAUGAACGUAGCAGAACCGGUGAAAGAAUUGUUUUCUACGACAACGGGUAUGGUUCUUCUAGCCGCCAUCGACCAAGGGACUUCCAGUAGUCGUUUCCUUGUAUUCGAAAGCGAUAGUGGAGACUUAGUGGCUAGUCAUCAGAUUGAGGUGCGACAGCUGUUUCCGAAUCCAGGAUGGGUGGAAAUGGAUCCUAUGGAGAUCAUCGACACAGUCAAGGAAUGUAUGUGGAACGUAGUUGACAGACUCAAAUCGCUAGGUAUUUCAAGAGACGAAAUGAAGUCGAUUGGCAUAGCAAAUCAACGAGAGACUACAAUAGUAUGGGACAGCCAGACGGGAAAACCGCUAGCGAACGCUAUUGUUUGGCUUGACAGUCGUACAUCUGCACUGGCAGAAGAAAGCAUCAGUAGAACCGAGAGCAAGUCUCAAGAUGAGUUCAAGGAAAAGACAGGGCUACCGAUACAUCCAUACUUCAGCGCCUUGAAACUCAAGUGGCUCAUAAGGAAUAAUAGUCUUGUAAAGGAAGCCCUUGCAGAUGGGAGAUUGUUGUUUGGAACUGUCGAUACAUGGCUGAUCUGGAAACUCACUGGAGAACACGUAACAGAUGUAACAAACGCUUCCAGAACUCUACUGUUUGAUUUACACAAGCGGAAGUGGUCGACUGAAAUGUGCGAGUUCUUCAACAUUCCUCAAGAUAUUCUUCCACGGAUCAUGUCAAGUGCUGAGGUCUACGGUACUCUUACUGACGGUCCAUUAAAGGGAGUUGCAAUAUCGGGUUGUCUGGGUGACCAGCAAGCCGCAAUGUUUGGUCCAGAAGCACCAGUCGUCUACGCGUUGGAGGGUUCAGGUUCCAUUGGUGGAAACGUAGUCCGUUUUCUUCGCGACAACUUCCAGUUUAUUAAGGAUACGAAUGAAAUGGAAGAGAUAUGCCGUUCUGUUGAUUCUACCGAAGGUGUGGUUUUUGUUCCGUGCUUCACCGGUCUCUAUACUCCCCAUUGGGAUCCGACUGCUAGAGGCACUAUUAUUGGCCUUACACAGGUGACAACAAAAGCUCACGUCUGUUUGGCUGCUCUUCGAGCCAUCGCAUUUCAAAGCGCUGAAAUGCUCGAUGCCAUUCAGCGGGAACUCGGCGAUACCCCCAUCAAGAACUUCAGGGUAGGGUGGGGAGCAGCAGUGGCGGCUGGUAUCGGCCUUCAACAAAUAUGCGCAGACAUAUUUUCUUCUAGAGAACCGCCGACCGUUUCAUACGAACCGCGGACUGACGAUGGGCAGCGAGCGGCUGACAUGAAGCAGUGGAAGGAAGCGGUGAGAAGAGCUUGCGGCUGGGCGCAUUGGGACACCUAG